GUUUCCACUUUCAAUUUUCAAACCUAAAACCCCCACACACACACCGAUCACACGUUCUUCUCGAAAUACAGGCGAUUCUUCAAACAAAAGGUCCAAUUAAAGGGGUUUUUGAUUAUUGAAAUCGAUGGCUGGGAAAGAUUCCGAUUACCGUAUAUUCGUCGGAGGGUUAUCAUGGGACGUCACAGAGCGUCAGCUUAAAGACGCUUUUAGCCGUUUUGGCAAAAUUGUUGACUCUCAGUUGGUUGUGUUGAAAUAAAGAUAUGUGUGAACACAUUGCAAAAUGUCAGUUGUAAGAAGUUUGUAUCGUAAGUCUGUUUGAAUAAGUUUCUGAUCUGUUUUGAGAAAGAGUAGUUGAGAUCCAUACAUGGAGACCCAACUGCAAUUUGAACUUUCUUCAUAUGCGGCAACCUGUGGUUAACAGCUGGUGAGGCAAAGGGAUGUAGCAAACUUCAGGAAGGAGAUAAGUACCACUAAGGCUACUGUUUUUCUCACGUUUUAUGACAUAAGUGCUGGCUUCUGUUUACGCCACCAUUGGGCGUCUCCCACUGAUCGUUCCGACGGCCAACAUGAGGGAGGAGGUAAAUAACGUGUCCCGGAGUAAAUUGGUUGGUUCCGGGGUUUGAUAUCUGGACCUCCGCAUUAGAUUCCCACCUCCUUACCACUGAGACACUAUCGUGAGGACAUGUACUGGUAUCUCGAGAGGGAGAACUACAUUGUUUUCUAAACUUAGAAGUAUACUGUUCUUUCAAAGCCUUUUGAGAUAUUACUCAAGGUGUUCUUUUGAAGUUUGUGACGUUAUUAUGGCUUUUCAGUUCACGCUAGUUAAUGGUUUAAGUGGAUGUUACUUUGCACAGAAAUGGUGUCUGUUGUUGAUGUUGGUAGGAACUGUGUGUGCUCUAAAGCUUCUUCAAGCUGUUUUCAUUAGUCUGAAGUUCUGUGAAGCUGCAGAUAACUGACAACAAUGUCACGACGGGCUUCAGCUGGAAGUGAUUUCAUCUGAGUUGAGCAGUAGUGAGAAUCCGACUUUGGGCAUUAUUUCCUGAAAAGUUCAUGUGUGGUUGUGUCUAGACGAUAAUCAUUGAGUACAAAUCUUUAGCUGCACCUGGCGUUAUAUAGUCAUAUAUUGAGCUGUUUAAGUUUACAUUACUUUGAUUAACCCCAGAGUUCCUUAGGAUUAAGAGGCCGAUUCUCUGUUAUGGCAGGAAGAGCGAUGGAUGUGCUUUGUUACUGUUUUGAGCAAUUGUCUUGUCUAGCACUGCUGAUUAAGUCGUAGGAGAAAUAACGAGAUUGCUAUUCACUAUGAUAUAUUUAUAAGUUUAGGAUACAUAGCAGUCUUCUGUGUAAGAAGGCUUGCUAGCUGCUUACACUGUGAAGUUAGAGCUGGUUUGAUUUUUUGCUCAGCUGGAGUUCGUUUUAGUACUUCUAUAGAGUACAAAAAGUUGUUUCCGGUGAUCAGUCCAUUAGCGUUACCUGAUGUUUAGUUAUAGUUUAGUAAAAAAAAAUUAUUUCCAGUGAUCAGUCUUUUACUAUCUAUACACUUAUACGAUACUUGGUGCCAUCUUUUCAAGAUUUCUUUUCCAAGGUGACUGAUGUUACAUAGAAGUCUCCGCAUUAAGAGGAGUGGUCGCAUGGUGGUCGUGAAAUGUGAGCUAUAGUGUUUGACUUUCCAGAGUCUACUUGGUUUAUUGUUUUUGACACCAGAAAUGUGAUUAACCGGCGAUAGUCAUAGAGGCUGAAGAUGUAUCACUGCUUUUUGUCGCAGUUUGCAACUGAUUACGUAUCUAAAGGCUAAGCCAGCUUCUAAGGGCUGAGUAGGGCUCUUAUUAGUGCCUGCAGCCACAUAACACUUUACUCUUUCUUCAAUAGUUCAAUAGUUCAAUGAGAUGAACCGUUUCUCUUCCAAUUCCAAGGGAAGCCAUAAAUCUUAAAUAUGUGUAUCAAUGGAGAAUAGUCUUAGUUGAACUGUAUAGACAGAAAGGUUAUGUGGUCAAGCAUCUGCUGUGUGUUUUCCUGAAAGAUCAGAUAGUAACAGAUAUCUUGCACUGAAAUACUGAAUAGAGUGAAAAGAAGAUAUCGAUACAGAGAUCAAGAAAUUAACUGAAAAAGAAUUUUGCUGAGAUUUUCAGUAGAGUAAAAAAGUACUGUGGAUGUCGGUACAGAGCAUUCUGUUUUUUCAUAAAACAUAAACAAAAAGUAAAUAAGGUAAAACAAAAGCAAAGUCUCAAAACUGUGUGGUCAGCUGAACUUCAGUGGUUAAUUCAUCCCAAGUGCUGUAUGUUUCAAUGGCAAGCUUCUUUAAGAUUAUAGAAAUUUAGUUAAAAUCGACCAGACUUGCGAGAAUUUGAUAAAGUGAUUGGUACAGAGCUUCCUGAUCUUUAUAAAAGCUGAUGAGUUAAGUUCUUUGUUGCCAAAUUGAUCUAGAGAUAAUGGUUGAAAGAGACACUGGGCGCCCACGUGGAUUCGGGUUUCUGACAUUUUCAGACAGGAGAGGUAUGGAAGAUGCAAUCAGAGAAAUGCAUGGCAGUGAUUUUGGGGAAAAAGUGAUCUCAGUUAAUAGGGCUCAGCCUAGAAUGGGCGGUGAUGAUCAAGACCGUGGUUAUGGUGGUAGUUAUCCGUCUAGUGGUAGAGGUGGUGGUUAUGGUGGAGGUGGAGGUGACAGAUCUCUAGCGCAGGAUGAGUGCUUUAAGUGCGGCCGCCCAGGACACUGGGCUCGUGAUUGCCCAUCAGCUGGCGGUGGUGGCGGCAGAGGUGGCAGCCAGUUCUCCUCCCGCCCCAGGUUUAGCGGUGGUCGUGGCCGUGGAGAUCACUAUGCAGACCGUGAGCGUUAUGUGGAUGAUCGAUAUGAUGCAGGGCGGUUUGGUGACAGAGACCGCUAUGACAACAGAGACAGCAAGUACGGAAACCGCAACAGUCGCUAUGAUAAUGACAGGUACGCGCCCAGUGGAGGUGAUCGGUUUGGAGGGGAUAGGUAUGGAGCACCGGAACGUUAUCCACCACCACCGCCACUACCACCGCAGAGCGUGUAUGGCAGGGAAAGAGAUUACGACAGGGAUGUCGGACCAAGGAGGAGCAGUGAUAGGUAUGGAGGCGGUGGUGGAGGACCUGUUCGCUAUGACGGAGGAAGAAAUUACAGGGACAGAGCUGUUCCGUAUGACCGCCCUAGAAGGGGAAGAGGCCGCCCCUCUUCGUUUGACUAUUGAAAACCUAUCUUAGCCAUCAACUUUAAUGUGCUUUCUAGAUUUGCUUACUUAGCAUUUGGAUCAUACUCGUUAAUGAUUCCGACUUUAACUCGGUUAUUCUAUUAUGUUUUGAAUCUUUGAUUGAUAGGCGAUAUGUUUGUUUAUGGGUAUUUCAUGCGCAUUAUCUGUGUGCU